AUGGUUAAAUGGUUGCCAAACAGCUCGAUUUACAACUUUAUGGACUUCCGAGCAGCAUUCCUACACCACUUUGCUAGUAGUCGCUGCCACCAGAAGACUAGCAUGAAUCUCUUCUCAUUGAAGCAAGGGCCCCGAGAGGUCCUGAGGGUCUAUAUCCAGCGCUUCAAUCAGGUGGCGAUGAACAUUCCAGCAGUCUCCUCAUACGUGUUGGUAAACGCCUUCACCAUAGGGCUCACCAAGGGAGAGUUCUUUCAAUCGCUCAUUCGGCGGCUGCCGAAGGACUUUGGUCAUCUCCAAAAGAAGGCCAAUGAGUAUAUUAAUGUGGAAGAAGCCUAA